AUGACAGCCAAAAAAGUUGACUUACCGCUUUAUCUGAACGCCUUACGAGACAUUUUGUUAAAAGGCAAACGUGUACUUCAGCGACAGACUAGGUUGUUCGUGAUGGGUACCCAAACAAUAGUGACCGGCGUUGCCGGUCUGAUGGCUACGGCAACAGCAUUCUCCAUCCUUACCGUUUUAUACCUUGUCAACGACAUCAACAGUUUCUAUGACGAAGCAGUCGAAGAGCUCUCGGAUUUCAAGGACAUGGCAAACUCAGCUUGGCACGAGAUGCGACCUUCGUAUUUAAGGGAUAAACGAAGCGUUUUUGGCAUCUCACGACAAAGACGUCAAUGGCCCGCUCAUUGCAACUGUGGACCUGCGCCAACAAGUUGUCCACAAGGACCACAAGGUCCACCUGGACCUCCUGGUGAGGAUGGUGAACCGGGUGCACCGGGUAAACCCGGUGCACGGGGUCUCGAUGGCAUUGGUAUCACCACUGCGAAGGAAACCCCUCCUUGUAUCAAAUGUCCACCCGGACCGCCAGGACCGCCAGGACCAGAUGGACCACCUGGUCCACCCGGACCACAAGGACCACCAGGACCGAGUGCAGCAGGAGGUGGACAAGGACCACCAGGACCACCAGGACCACCAGGAGAUCCAGGACCAGCCGGACCGCCAGGACCACCAGGCCCCAAAGGACCAGAUGGCACAUCCGGACAGAAGACUGUUGGUACUCCCGGUCCUCCUGGUCCACCUGGACCACCAGGACCCCCUGGCCCCAAAGGUCCAGAUGGCACGGACGGUGGACCAGCACUUCCAGGACCACCUGGUCCACCUGGACCUCCGGGAAAACCCGGACCGCCAGGCCCAGAUGGACCCCCUGGUGCACCUGGAACAGCAGGUGCGCCCGGCGGCGAUGGGGCCUACUGUCCCUGCCCACCACGAUCGAGCGCUAUUCUUCGCCAAAGAAGUCGUGCCAUUGCCAGGAAACGAGUUGCUGCGAAGCACUAGUCAAAUCGUCUUGUUUUGGAUACUUUUAUGGAUUUAUUUGAUUUGCUUCCCAGCAAAGGAAAUAAAAGAUU